UUUUGCGCUGCCCACAUUCCCCAAGGCCACCCUACCCUAGUGGUGCCCGCGGUCGCCCUCCCAUGCUUGUCCUCUUCUCUCCGCCCGCUUGCUUUUGGUCACUCCAACACGGCCAGCUUAGCUUCCGCUUGAGCCCAAGCAAAAGGGAAAGAAAGGAAGGAUGAAAUGGCAGACACACUGCCUACUGCCAGUAUUUUACUGCACCUGAGUACUACUACUACUACCUGACUCCUGAGUGAAGGGGGCACCUGCACUUCGUUGUGGAGCGGCCGAGUUCUUGUUCAGGGUGAGCGAGCGUAGUGGAUUUGUCUGCCUGCUGUUUCUCAGCGUUCUUCUUCGCUGCUGCGAUUGAGCUGGUGGCAUCUUCUUCUUCAUCUCGCUGAGAGAGAUUCCAGGUCGACGAACAGGGGUUACAUCUUGUGCUGCGGAGGGCAAAGAUGCGGUUCUGACGGAUCACCUCGACCACUUUUCAGACCUCAAAGGAUGAAGAUGUUCUGCGCGUGACCGGGCGUCAACCAAACAGGGCGGUUGCGCUCGCUGCACACCCAGUGUUCGUGGAAAAGCCGCAAAGGCGCGGGCUGCAGCUCGCAACCGCCGCCAUGAGAGAUCUCGCGUCCUGCCUCAGCCAAACCGGCGUUCAAGUCGCCCACCCCUCCUCCUCAAGUGCCCAGAGCAUGGUGCAGUGCGCCUACCUCGCCCGCCUGCGCGGCAAAUCCUGCAGGGUCACCGUCACCUGGAGCAAGGCGGCCAUGGGGCAGGCUCUGGCCAUCGCCGUCCACGAUUCCUCGGGCCGUUGCCUCUGCAAGACAGAGAUAAAGCCAUGGCUCUUCUCCAAGAGGAAAGGCUCCAAGGCCGUGGAGGUGGACGGCGGCGCCCUGGACAUCCUCUGGGACCUGUCCUCGGCCAAAUUCGCUGCUGGGCCGGAGCCGCUCCAAGGAUACUAUGUUGCUCUCAUCUUUGAUCUCGAGGCUGUCCUUGUGCUCGGGGACAUGCCCAGGGUGGGGGGUCACAAGGCGUCUUCAGAUGCUUUACCUUGUGAUGCAGCCAUGAUAGCCAGGAAGGAGCACACGUACGGGAAGAAGGUGUACUGCACAAAGGCUCGGUUUUCGGACAUUGGUCAGCAUCAUCAUAUCACCAUAGAAUGUGACACGUCAGGGACGAAGGAUCCAAGCCUGGAGAUCAGGAUUGGGAAGAAGAGAGUGCUUCAGGUAAAGAGGCUUGCAUGGAAGUUCAGAGGAAAUCAGACGUUCUAUGUUGAUGGCCUACCCGUGGAGGUGCUCUGGGAUGUGCACGAUUGGCUAUUUGGUUCGUCGAAUGGAUGCGCUGUGUUCUUGUUUCAGUCAGGCCGAUCCAUGGAGAAAUUUUUGUCAAGGCCAUCCUCACAGGAUGAAAAGGAGCGUCAAGUGCAUCGGUUUGGUUUUACUUUGAUACUUCAUGCAUGGAAGGUUUAGUAGCAAAAGCAGCGCGAUGGCAGAUUUCUUCGGUUACUCCACAUCGGAUGAACGAAUCCUAACAGUAGAAUACAGGAUCUAGCAAGCCUAACAAAACCUUUUGCGAGUUUUCAUGUUUCUUAGUUGUUUGUUCUAGUUCUAGUGGUGGUUAGCAAGUUGAGUUUUGAUCUAUCCAUAUGAUUUGGCAAUGUCAAUGAGUGGUGGAAUGUUCAGCUGAUUCUAGUACUCCA